AUGUAUAGUUGGGGAUCAGGAAGAACUGGAUUCGGUGCAUUCACAGAUACACUCACGCCAACACCGUUACCAAUACCAUCUACAACAACAGCUGAUGGAUUGGUUGUAGGAGGUGAGACAGCCAUCAAGUCAUUGUCAGCAGGUAGACUACACUCACUGUUUGUCGAUGACAAGGGCAGAGUAUGGAUGUGGGGCGAUGGUUCGAUUGGACAGGCAGGUGAACAGAAGGAUACAGUAAUGACACCUGCAUUGGUGGAUGCAAUGGUUGGAGAACAGAUUAUAUCGGUCAAGUGUUGGGAUAUCAGUUUGGCAAUCAGUGAUCAGGGUAGACUCUUCAGUUGGGGACCGGCCACAUUGUCUGGCUGUCCAAUUCAGUUGGAUCACAUGUCGGGUAUCGCAAGACCAUCGAUGAUACCAUCACUUAGCAAAGUGUUUAUCACAUCCGUAUCAUGCUCAUCUGAUCAUUGUCUGGCCGUGUCAAAAGAUGGACUGGCAUGGGCAUGGGGUGAUCCAUCAUACGGUCGACUAGGUCUGCCACGUAUUCAAGUUGAAGACCAGACCAUCGUCCGUGAGCCAACCAUCAUAGUGUCACUCAAAGACAACUCGAUAACUGUCACACAGACUGCAUGUGGAGAGAAUCAUUCAUUGUUCCUCGACACCAAUGGCAAUGUUCAUUCAUGUGGUUAUGGAUAUGCAACUGGCUUUGACAUUGAGGAGGAUGAUGAAGCAGAGGUCGAGGAGGUCGAUGGCCAGGCUGUCGAUCCAGAUGCACCCGAGGUCGAAAGGGAGCUUACCUUUAUUUGGGAGCCAACAAGGAUCGAGAGUUUGAGUAAUAUCAUACAGGUUACAGCAGGACUGGUUCACAGUUUGGUGCUGGAUAGAGAUGGUCUAUGUUAUGUGUUUGGCUUCAACUUCAAUGGCCAACUGGGUAACAAUGAGAUAGACUCUUGUUACUUUGAACCAACUGUCGUGGAAACACUCAGACAUCUAAACAUCAGAUACAUAUCAGCUGGAGCUGGCCAUAAUUGUACAAUAUCAGAUACUGGUGACUUAUAUAUAUGGGGUGGCGCACUUGUGGAGAAGACUGGAAAGUUCAGAUUGAACAUUGCCUUGGGAGAUGGAGAUGGUGGAUUCGCAACAAUGCAAGUUCCAAUUGCUGAGGAUGAUGAUAAAGAUGCCGUGAAGCCAGUCAACUACCUUUUGAAUAUUGCCUUGGAUUCUUCAAGUGAUCAGUUACAGGCAGCAAAGCAAGAGAAGGUGUUGAUGGAUAAGGAUGACCUGGGCCAGAUCAACUUUUUGUUGUCCGAGCAGAUCAAUCAAUCAAACGCCAUCAAUCAUUUGACACCACAAAAGUUGACGACAUUCUCCAGUUUGAAUGUGGAGCUGGUGUCAUGCGGUUGGCUACAUACACUAGCCUACGUGGCUGGUGCCAAGCCGGUGGACAGACUUAGAUCAUUGUGUAUCGAUCAUCUGGCUGGUCUUGGCUUCUUUGAUGAACUUAGUCAGAUGAUCCCAUUGGACCUCAUUCCACAACUCCAGAACACACUUCAGUUGAAGAGACGUCACACUGAUGAGACCAGACAAUUCUUCUCCAGGUACAUGGAUUCAUUUGGUGGUGCAAACCUAACAUGGCAAUCAUACAUCCAGAUCUUGGCCGAUCAAUACCAAUUCCCCAAUUCAUGUAUCUUCUCGCCAAGUUCAAACACUAUCAUUGCUUCCAACUUUGGAGACGAUCAGAGUGAAUAUAUCAUUAAAAACAUAAUCAACCUCUUUGAUGAAAGGACUCAGGUUACUUCAAACAAGGUGGAGGAGUCUGUGGUUGAGACUGGAGCAGUGUCAGAGUCCAAACCGGAGAAGGUGGAACAACACUUUAUACUGUCCAACAUCAAGUAUUGUAUUAUAAAGUCCGAUAGCCAAUCAAUCAUUGGAAUGAAUAAUGACAAGGACAUAUGCUUCAUUAGCAAGACAAAGACUUUGAUCAUUAUAGCAUGUACAUCAUCAUUAUCAUUGAUCAAGGCAAUCACAAACAUGUCAUACUUUGUUACCUACUUGACAUCGUGUGGAUAUUGA